GCUGCGAUGCCCGAGCCGGCCAAGUCUGCCCCCGCGCCCAAGAAGGGCUCCAAGAAGGCGGUGACCAAGACGCAGAAGAAGGGCGACAAGAAGCGCAAGAAGAGCCGCAAGGAGAGCUACUCGAUCUACGUGUACAAGGUGCUGAAGCAGGUGCACCCCGACACGGGCAUCUCGUCCAAGGCCAUGGGCAUCAUGAACUCCUUCGUCAACGACAUCUUCGAGCGCAUCGCCGGCGAGGCCUCGCGCCUGGCGCACUACAACAAGCGCUCCACCAUCACCUCGCGGGAGAUCCAGACGGCCGUGCGGCUGCUGCUGCCCGGCGAGCUGGCCAAGCACGCCGUCUCCGAGGGCACCAAGGCCGUCACCAAGUACACCAGCUCCAAGUAGAGCGUCUGGGAUCGUCAGUUUUAACCCAAAGGCUCUUUUAAGAGCCAUCUAUCUCUCCAGUAAAAGAGCUUUAAUUUCUGUA